AGGUAAAUAGUAUCAUUUAAAAAAAAAAAAAGUUGCAAAAAUAGUAGAAUGGCAGAGUUUAUCAGAGUAAAUGUGAGUAAGGCUGCAAUCAAAGUUUUCAGUUUUAGUCAAAGGUAUUUUCAUUUUAAGAAAUGUUGGUAGUACUAAUCGUUUGUGGUGCAGUUUGGGGGGGAGGUGCUGAAGGCUAAUACUGCAUGGCUGUCUCUGACAUUAGGGUGGCCUGGUGGUAGCACUGCUGCCUCACCUUCAGGGAGUGAGGAUUGAGCCCUACUUCAGCUCUGGAUGUUUGGGGCUUGCAUGCUCCCCCUGUGCUGUGCGGGUUUCCUCCGGUUCUCCAAUUUCCUCCUGCAUUCCAGAAGCAUGCAGUUAGGCUAAUUGGCAUCUCCGGAUUGUCCGUAGCAUGCGUGUGUGUAUGCUUGCCCUGCAUUGGACUGGCAUCCCACCCAGGGUGUACUCUUAACCUUUUGCCCUGUGCUGCCUUUUGCCCCCAGCCCUGUGUAAGCAGUUGGAAGAUGGAUGGAUAUCAUCGUCAUUAUAAUUUUUAUGAUUUAUUAUAAUUUUUUUUUUAACUCUAAUGGAUAUCUGUAGCCAUUCUUUGGAAUGAGGACAAAGGAGAACAAACCAGGCAGGGGGCUCCUUGUGACUGGGCUCCUUGCCCCCCCACCCCCACAGUGCACAAUCACAGAUUCAAACAGAGCAUCUUUCUCCUAUUUAGAGAUUAUUCUCCUAUUAGAAAGAAAAUGGCUUGUGUUCAAAUUAUGAUAGAUGUGUGUGUGUGUGUGUGGGGGGGGGGGGGGGGCUGUCAGGGUAGCAGAGGACUGCCUUUUGCAUGGUGCUUUUUUUUUUUUAGAUGGAACUGCUUCAGCUCAUUGGUAAACAUGGAGCAUUGGUAUCUCCAGCUGAAUUCCCACCAGUUUGCAGAGAGUUUAGCUUCUUCUUCCCUGUCCAAGUUCCCAACACCAGGCAACAAGCCCUCCUUUCACGGUACCAGGCAAAUGGGGGUUAGAGAGGAAGAUGUAUCCAUCGUAUGUGGGCCCUCACCGUGGAUCGUCCCGUUCUCUAACUCGGGUAGUAGCUCGACAUGGCCUGCCAAAAGAUAACAUCACGUGGUAACAGCUCUCUGGAUCCCUACAUCAUUCUUCACACUUAGGUAGAAUUAAGGGUAUGCUACUGAAUCAUUUCAGAAGAUCACACAAAAGGAACGUUCAGAAUAAGCAUUUUAAGAACUUUCAAGCUCAAUUUGGUCAAUUAAUACAUUUGGAUAUUUCUUUGCCCCCAUAUUAGGAGUUUCAUGUGCAGUGGUAACAUUAAUUAUACGUUAAGCCAAAUGCAUAGAUGGAUGGGAAGAUUUUCACAUUCUAAUAAUUUAUCUUUGCCCCUAGUCCUUACCACCAGAGUGAAUAAUCUUCUUACCACUGCAUUGUAUUUUAAUUUAAAUUUAAAAUGCAGCUUCCCCUUAUUUAACCCAUUGUCGUAUUCAAAAGAGAUUUUGAGCAACUGAGUAUUAUAACCAGCCAUUGACUUAAAGCCAUAACCUGCAGUGAGUCGAGUCUUGAAUGUAUAUCUAGCAGUUUCUUUUGUAAUGUCAAGUGUUGGUUGUCUUUUUAAUCUGUGAUUUUCAUUUGCAAGUAACUGUCUCCAGAAAUUACCUGUGAUAUCCCUGUAUAAUUAUGAUCAUUUAAACAUAGUGAGCAUUUCAGAUGGAAUUUCUGAUAGAUUAUUGCCUUUAGUGCAUAAUCUGCGAAAAAUUGGUUUAACAGCAUUGCCCUCCUUAGCGAAAACUCCGAGUUGCUUUUUUGACCAUGUCGUCAUUCAUCUUAUACCAGUGGAGUUUGAAUAUGACGCUGUCCUUAGUUGCCAUGGUGACAGAAUUACACGGAAGCACGAAAGGAUUAAUAAACAUGACUACCACCACUGAAAAUAUUUUUAAGUCAUCAAAUGACUCAAAUGCUUGUUUUAUUUUAACUGCACUUAAAAUAUAACCGAUGGUAACCCGUCGAAAAACAAUGACUUUACACUUUUUAUACAUUUAAGAGUAAGCUAUUUUUAAAGUAAUAAGUGUUAACACUUUUCUUUAUAAAUUAAUACAAUUUAUCCAAUGGCUAAUUCUAUGUCAUAAUUCAACAUUUUAAGAUAAUAUACGCUGCAACCACAGAAUCCAUUACAUAUCAUGCGUUUUGGUAGGUGACCUCUGGGGUUGUCUGAAGGACUUAUGGGAAAUGAAGUGCUUUAACAACAUUACGUACAAAAGCUUUCAUUUUAAUUUAAACAGGGACUGAAAUGCAAGCUUUAUUUACUUUGAAUUUAGGCUACAUUCUAAUUUUCCAUAUUCGUCGUGCGACCGGUUCCCCCAUAUACCUAUUUCUCCGUAAUGAAUCGUAUUAUAACUGGGUUGUGUAGCUGGUUUUUGCAAAUGCUCGUGCCUAGAGAAGUUCUUGCUACUGCUAAUAAAACAAAAUUCUAGUAUUUCUUCGACCUAGGAUGUUUAGAUUCCAGUAACAUGACGUAAUCGGCUAAAGAUUAAUCGCGAAUUUAAUUACUUGAAGGACUGUUACAGAAAAAAAUAUAUGAAGCAAAAUGCUGCUUUUGUCGAGAAUCAUGUGAAGAAAGGUAUGCUGACCCAAAUUACUUGCCCUUUGUUAUAGAACGAGAUGAUAUGACUACAUGUCCCGGCAUUCAUGUGACGUUGAUGGCGUCACUGUGAAUAUAUAUGGCUACUGUGUAGCAUUCCAAACGCUAUUGUUACAUUGUAACAAACCGGGCAGCAGAAGGGGAGAAGGUCCACGAUUUUCCCCAAUAUUCAGGAAAUCUUGCGCCGGGAAAUGCGAAAUUACAACACCAUCAAAGAAGAAAAACAGACGAUACAUUUGGAAACUACAUACGCGUAACAAGACCGCCCUGAUUACAAAAAACGAACAGGGUGCAGUGGACUGUACAGUAAAUACAAGCAUUUUUAAAAGGAUCAACGAGAGAAGAGAAAAACAAUAAACACCCUUCUGUUAUUUCGCAAGCGAGAGAAAAAUAUACAAAAUAAAACAUUUAACACAACUGUGGGAAGUCUUCUUAUUGCUUGCCCCGGGUUGAUCGGUAUAGCUGAACCAUUUUGCUGCCAUAACGCAAAAUUGCACAUAUCCUAGCAGCUCUAAAACAACCGAACGUAUUUUUUUGUCUAGUUUUAUCGUGCAAUCCUAAAGUAAUAUUUCACAGCAACGUGCGCAACACGGGAAUAUAUCACUACUUACAAAUGUCUGCGGUUUUUCUUCGACAGAUCUGAUACGAUAAAAAUUGCUUUAUUCGCACAGGCGUUCGUUGUACUCAAACCAAAUAGUGGGACGAAAAAAGCAAGAUCAGAACAACAAUAUAAAAAGAAAAGUGCAGGGACUUGGUAAUUAUACUCAGCGGCGAGACCGAUCUCCGUUCCUCUCAAGGUUGGAGUCUGCAGCAAGCAGCUGGCACAGCGGGGGCAGCCAAGCAGCUACAGCCAAGUUGGGUUAGGAGUCAUGGAGGUGGUGUCUGUGCUCGGCCUGAAGAGGAGGUUCGAGGAGGUGGACAGUGGCUCCCCUUGCUCCACCCCCAAGGACUCGGAUGACGACAUCUCCAGCAGCGACAGCGCCGACAGCUGCGACAGCCUCAAUGCCCCCUCCACCACCUUGCUCUCGCCCACCUCCAUCCUCAGGCAGCACAAGCCCCUACCGGGCCCCAAGAGGGUGCGAUUCGACGCCGUCACCGUCUACUACUUCUCAAGGCGGCAGGGCUUCACCAGUGUGCCCAGCCAGGGGGGCAGCUCCCUGGGCAUGGCCCGCCGCCACACCGCCAUCCGCCGCUACACGCUCGGCGAGUUCGCCCGCGAGCAGGAGAGCAGCCACCGGCAGGCGCUGCGUCAGCACCUGCGCCAAGAGAAACUGGACGCUCGCAAGCGGAAACUCACGAGAAAUGGCACGGUGGCCUGCGCAGCUGCCGACACGCUGACUUUGGACGACGUGUCAGACGAAGACCUGGACGUCGAGGGCAUGGAGGUGGACGACUGCUUUUUCCUGCAGCCGCUGCCCACUAAGAGGCGGCGAGCACUGCUGCGGGCCUCAGGCAUCGUGCGCAUCGAUGCCCGCGAGAAGGCGGAGCUGCGAGCCAUUCGCCUGUCGCGGGAGGAAUGUGGCUGUGACUGCCGUUCAUACUGUGAUCCGCGGCGGUGCGGCUGCAGCCAGGCAGGCAUCAAGUGCCAGGUGGAUCGCCUGUCCUUCCCCUGCGGAUGCUCGCGGGAUGGCUGUGGCAACACAGCGGGCCGCAUCGAGUUCAACCCCCUCCGCGUCCGGACGCACUACCUGCACACCAUCAUGAAACUGGACCUGGAGGAGAGGCGGCUGUUGGCACCACGGCCCGGGGAGGGGGCCCAAGAACCUCCCACCUCUGCUGCUAGCACCUCUGUGGACCCAUCUCCAGGGGCCUCGGACCUCUCUAACGAGGGGCUGGACGCAGACGCACUGGGCGCUCCCACAGACAGCCUGGAGGUGGACUACGUGGCCCAGCGGGACAGCUUGGCUCUGGAGAACGAGGCUGCCGUGUUGCAUCUGCAGAGCGCUGAGGAACAAGAGCGGAGGAACCGUGAGCAGGAGCAAGAGGAGGCCGAGGCUGGUGAGGUCCAGUGCGGAUUGGGCCAACAGGGCCUGUGCCUGCUAGCAGAGCCCCCGCAGGACGGGGAGGCUGUGGAGCAGGGUGCAGGGCCCUUCCUCAUCCAGGGGGCCUUUCCAGCAGGGGGCUCCCUGCUCUGCUUUACAGAAAGCCAGCUUGAGGCUCAUCAUCAGGCCCUUCUGAAAGAGCCCUCCUCUCUGGUUUACUACCAGAUGGGGCACGAGGAGCCUCUGGCAUUUCCGGAGGAACAUCCUGGAGCAGGUGGUGAUGGAGAGAGUGACGAAGGAGUAGCACAAGAACACAAGAGCUGCCAGCAAGGAUUGGUGGAGAAAGAGCCAGCUGCAGGUUCGGGUUCAGGAGACGUGCAAAUAGAUGAGGGACACUUCGCUUAUGACAACGAGUCCCCACAAAAAACUCCCGCUGUGUGCCAGGGAAACACCCAUUCUGCCUUCGAGGGGUUUGGAGACGGAGACCCACUGCCUUCCCAGGCCUAAUUUCGUUAGGUUUUGCAGAUGUUUUGCACAAUAAAGUAUAUUGCCUACCUUAAGUAGAAUAUUAACAAAAAAUCAUAAAAUUGCAAAUAAUAUUAUAAUCAGUUUUCUUUAGAGACAAGCAUGUAUAUUAGACAAUAACAUAGAGGGAAGUGGUCCUGGUGGCAGGACACAAAAGUCUUUAUUCCCACUGUGCAAUCUGUCGUAUAAGAAGGAGCUGAAUCUUAACAGCCAAUCAGAGGAAAGCAGUUUCUCCCCCUGAUGUGGUUCAGCUAAGGAGCCUGUAGGGGCUAUUACAGGCUUAUUCAGUGGUUCCCAUCUUUGUCUCAAGUUAGCACUGACUUCAGGACAUGCCUUUACUUAUUUCCUUUUUCGUAUACAAAUACAUUGUUGGUAAUACCUCAUUUAGUGGUGAUUUGAAGGAAAAAAUACAUGGACGACAGUGUUUUUAAGUUGUCAGAGGUCAGCUGUGCUCUCUGAGGCUGUAGGUGGACCACUGAAGUGCCCAUGUGAAAACGACUUACUCCUGGAGAUACUUGGUAUAAAUAUAAUGUACUGUACAGCGUUCUGAGAUAGAGGGUCACUUGCACCUUUUUUUGGGUGGGGUUGGGCUCAGAACCCUCUUGCAUUGAGAGUGAAGACAAGUCAAAUGCACGCCUUUUUACGUUUGCCUAGGUCUUACUUUUCCAAAACAUUUUUUUUCUUUUAUUAUUGCAUUAUGAUAAUCAAAAUUAGAGUCCAUCUGCCUUUGUUGAGGCGUAUUAGUAUUUUAUUGAAACACAACGUUCGCAAAACUGAGUUUCGGCAGCAGAGGCAGUCCUACCGCAGCGUCGUGCCUUGCUUAUGUCCGGUAUUUAUUUCCGUCGUGGUCGAUAAAGGAGGCUGAAAAAGCCACGACGCUAAAAAACAGGUCACUAAUUCAUUUGUCCUAAAACUUUUGUUCCAUAACUUUAAUGAUGCUCAUGUGCAUUUGUGGGAUAAUUUUGACAGUCAAUGAAUAAAAUCUUUUUUUCAAAGUGAGCCAUUACCUCCAUCGGAGAGGGGAAAAAAAAGAUUAAAGGGGAAUUUAAUAUUUCUCCGUUGGCUGUUACUGGAAUGUGUGUUUGGUCGUUUCUGGAGGUAAAAACAAACAAAAAAAACCAAAAACCUGUACAGAACUCAUCUGUCAAAAAUGAACUAACGAAUGGAAGCGCAAAAUGCGUAAAUCAUUUACAGUUAUACUUGGGUUUUAGUAUAAAAUGUGUGGCCUCCAACAUUGGCAAGAAAAGGUAGAACUUUUUUUUUUUAAAGUAGAUAUAUAAAUUGAUUUUGGUUACUUAAUGUACAGUUACAAGAAGGCAAGUGUCGUAUCACGUAUACUGUGUUGUACCAGUGUAUUGUAGCACAUCAUCCUAUGUUUAAAAGGUUUUUUAUGAGUAUUCCUUGUGGAUGUCCAACAUCUGCAUUGGCCGUAACAAUAAUACGAUAUUAUUUAAGUGAGAUGUCUUCUGCACCAUUUCUCCCACCGAUAAGCACUCCGAUUUCAGCAGCUUGUCACUUGUCAGCUCACUUUACAACUUGUUUGUGAAUUCAGUGUUGUUGGUUUUUUUUCUCGACACAAUAAGGAAGGCGGAAGUGCUCGCGAAAUUCGUCUGCAAACUUUCUUUUCUCAAAUGUUAUUUGUCUUAUUAUGGUUUUCCUUUACUCUUUAAAGGUCUGUUUUUAAUUUUCUUGUCUUGGUGUUACCCUUCAUUACUGGGGUUCAUAAUCUGUCAACAGUCUUCGUUAUUUAUACCAGCGUUGCAUUUCCUUUUGAUGUUUGUGUCUUCAGUAUCAGUUUGCCUAUUCAUUAAAACAAUGUUAAAAUGUCAAAGUCAAAUUGAAAUAAAAGUGACGCACA